AUGAGCCAGCCGGCGCGGCGCGAGCGCCGUGCAAGCUGGCACAUCGUCUGCAUGCUGCCGUCGAUUCUCUGGUCGACGGCGGUCAAUCUCACGAUUGUCGAUCAAAACCGGCGGGCUUUGCUGGUGGCCGUGUGCGAGGAGCGCGGCAUCUUGCUGGCCCGGGGUAAAAAUUCUUCUUUUCAGCGCACACGCUGGCACACCAUGUCGCAGUCGCUGCUCGACAACUGGAGCGACGAGGGCUGCGCCGCGGCCAUCUCUGAGGCGGCGGCGUCGCCGGCCGACCCGUCCGCGCCCAACCCGCUCAAGGUGGUCCUGCACGACCUCUCCUCCGCCGUCGUGCGCGGCGCGCUCGAGCCGGAGCGGCUCGUGACGGUGCUCUCGGACGCGGCGCUGGUCGACCGGGCGCUGCUGCCGCGGGUGCAGUCGGACCUGGCCGACAUCUUUUGGUUCCUCGGCCUCCGCAUCGAGGCCGAGAAGAGCGACGAGGACGGCGACGGCGCCCCAAAGCAGCAGCUGCUCGCUCUC